AAAUAUAAUCAGCACUCAUGGAACAAGUUCUUUCGAAAUAUGACAAAAGUGACGAAAUAUUUUGAAAACCUGGAACCUGGUUUUACUUAUCAUAUUCGUCUAAACUUAAAUAUUUCAGGUGUACAAAUACACAGCGAUUGGAAAGUAGUUGAGACUAAAUGCAAUCCGGCUGAAAACUUCGACGUAACACCAGAAGAAAACGGCAUCAUAAUUGAUUUACGAAUCAACCCAGAACAAUUAUAUUCAUGUCCGGCAAAGUGGUAUUAUCUGAUAAUUCACAAUGUAGAUACGAAUGAAGAAAUCGUUUCUAAAUUACUUCCAUCUUUUCUAUAUAAGUUUCAACCAUUAUCAACAUACACUUUGUUUAAUGUGACUAUAUCUCACGAAAAUCAUGUGUUAUUUUCCAAAGAAAUUCGUACGCUUGAAGGCGUUCCAUCCAAAGUGUUAGAGCUUAAAAGUAUAUUGUCGGCUACCACACAACUCACCUUAAUUUGGAAGCCUCCACAUAAACCAAAUGGAGAAAUAGUGCGAUAUGAAAUAAUGUUGAAGGUUAAUGAGUACUAUGGCUGUCGAGACUUAAAUUUAUCAACGCCGAAUAAUCAUAUUAUUGAAAUGUCAGCCACGGAGCCAAGAAUCACAAUUGAGGAUUUACAUCCGUACACAUCAUAUAGUACGCAGGUUAUAGCUCAUAACUCACGUCAUUUCAGCUCAAUCGUAGAAACAACUUUUAACACAACACAAUCUGAGAUACCAUCAGAAACAUUUAGUCAAUUGAAUGUACAUGAAUGGAUAUUGUCAUGGCGUCCGCCCGAAGAUUGCGCAACAAUUACGGGAACACUCUACGCCAAGGUAAUAAUACAAGGCAUUAGUGACGCUGUUAAAUACUACACUGUGUCUGAACGGACUGAUUGGAGUUUCAUCAAUUUGGAUGUAUUGGUAUUAAAACAAAAAUUAAAUGGUAAUGAACGAUACUUAGCAACAUUAUACGUAAUAAGAGAUUACGACGGCAAGGAAAAUACCACUGCUUAUCAAAAGUAUGAAUUUGAAACUCCGUCAUCAGCUCCACCUAAAGUGACCAAUUUAGAGGUUGUCGAAGUUGAUACCCGUUAUACCGCUACCAUGAUGUACCUGAGAUGGCAAAGUCCAAUUCCACCUCUCAAUGGAAAAUUGCAUAUUUAUGGUGUUCAGUUAUGUGACAGAGACGUAUUAUAUUCGAAUAAUUGCUUUAUUAUUAAAGUUCCAUUGAAUAAAUCUUGUGAUUUGUGGGAUGAUUAUAUAUGCGUAGAUGUGAUUGCAGAUAUAAAGCUCUUUAAAACAAUUAAGGUUUUCGCAUACAAUGUGAACGUUACUGAACCAGGACCUCCAGUUUUGGUGCCUUAUUAUAAUAUGUACCAGUAUACAACGCCUGACGCACCUGGAAAUUAUACUUUUACGAUCAGCAAUAACAGUGUGAUUGAUCUAAAGUGGCUUCAUCCUUGGAAGACAGGUGGUCAUCUUGAGUCUUUUAGCAUUCAAAUACAAGUAAUCUCAUCAAAUCUAAGAUUUUUCCAAUCAAUCAAGAACGAAAUAAUCAAAUAUCCGGUGACUCAAUACAUGCGUAAAUACAGAAAACAAUUGUAUUUAUUCCCAUCAACACAAUAUAAGAUCCAUAUUCAAGCUGUAACAUUUGCAAAUAAAUCUAGCAGCACAAAGUUCGUGAAAAUCAAAACACCUUCAGCCAUAGCUUUUGAUGGCAUUUUAGAGGUCAUAAAUGAUGAUUCAAGUUCCACAAUAUUAAUAAAUAUACCAUCAGUUUCAAACGAUACUCAAGAGAGUAUGUUGCAUAUCAUAGUAAAAGGCUCUAAUUAUACUUGCGAGCGAUUUUCUAAAAUACCAGAGAAUUUACGAACGCUAGCAAGCGUGAAGACAAAUGAAAUGGUUUGGCAAGCUGCUGAAGUUUCGACAAAAGAGUUAGCACCAGGAGUAUUCAGGGUUGGCGACAAUAAAACUUACGGUAAUGGGAUCAAUUGCCCAUUAAAACCUGAUUUUUAUGAGAUAGUGGUUAUCAUAAUCGAACAAAAUUCAAAUAGGUCAAUUAUGCUUUCAAAAUCGAUUCGAAUCAAUAACGUUUCACCGACGUUUUAUAAAGCGUGGCUAAUUACCGUAUCCAUUAUAUUAUUCUUCAUCCUGACAUCAGUAGCAUCCUAUUUGUACCGAAGUUUUUGCAGAAAAAAACAACAACGAAAUAAAGAACAAAUAAAGAAUGGAACAGAAUUAAUGGAAGAUUGGCAUCAUUAUGAAAGUAUAUCUUCGAUGCAAGCAAGUAAUCCAGAAGCGUUGGUAACUCCUAUUACGAAAGACAAGGAAGAGGAGGCGGAAGUGGUAUCAUUGAUAAAGGUGGAAGAUUUUGAGAAAUAUGUCAAACAAGCGAUACAGUCAGGGUUACUGGAUAAGCAAUACAAAGCGACAAAACAGGUGAUAAAGAAAUAUACGGAUGACACUUCUUCCGAUUACAUUACCGCUACAUACAUCACCGGUUAUAAAGAAGAGAUACGUUAUAUAGCGACACAAGAACCCGAAUCAAAUACUGUCACCGAUUUCUGGCAUAUGAUUUGGCAGAAAAACGUUCUUAUUAUUUGUAUGUUAACAAACGUAGUCGAAAAUGGAAAGACAAACUGCGAACAAUAUUGGCCAGAUAUUGACAAGAAAAUGAAGUACGGUGACAUUACUGUAUUAAACGAAAAGCAAAAUAUCUUCGCUUAUUACUCUUUUAGAACAUUCCAAGUGACUUAUGAAGAGGAAACUCGAAAGAUAGAACAUUUACAAUACACGGCUUGGCCUGACUAUGACGUGCCAUUAAAUACACAUUCAGUUGUCACAUAUUUCAAGACAUUGUUAGCGUUAUCACCAAGAGAUGGAUCGGUGGUAGUUCAUUGUAGUGGCGUUGAAAAAACGGGGAUUAUUAUUUUGUGCGACAUUUGUCUCCGUCGAGCAAAGGCCGAAGAGGUAGUCGAUGUUCUCGAAGUAAUGGAAUCCAUUAGAAGCGAACGAGAUAACAUGAUUAAUAUGCAGCAAUAUCUCUUUGCGCAUGUGGUGUUAGUAGAAUGUUUGUUUUCCAUUUCAACUACAGUUCCUUGUAAUGAGAUGUUAAUUACGCGAAUCAAGGAAUUGAAAGAACAAUCGCCGGUUCUUCAGCAAAGAUUACAGGACACUGCAUGGCAAGAUAAAAUACUGCGACAAGAUAAAAUCAGUACAGUAUAUUUGAAGAAAUAUCCGGCAUUGGAUAAGGACAGCGAUAACCUAUAUGUUGUUCAUGUAGACGGAGUGAAACUUCAGAAUCAGCAUCUAGCUACACAACUUCCCAUACAAUCGACGAUUAAAACAUUCUGGCGAAUGAUUGCCGAAUACAAGGUUGAACUUAUUCUCAUGCUACAACCGCCAGAUUUGCAGGAUCCUGCUUGCUGUGAGAUCGCUCCUACAAGCGGUGUGUUUAAACUAAUCCCAUAUUUGCAUAUUACUGCGAAAGAAGUCGUGAAAGAGAAAUAUUAUACAUCACAAAAAUUAUUGCUCGUUGAUAAUUCCGAGGAACCUCCAAGAAAACAAUAUGUAACUAUAAUGUGUUUAACGGAAUGGAAACCCGGAAAAGAUCAACCACUGCCUCCAGUUGGGUCGAUGAUAACGUUUUGGCAAGCAGCUGAAAAUAUCACGAGAGUUAGAGGACCCACUGUUACACUUUGCCAUGACGGAAUAACUGGAUGUGGUCUCUAUCUAGCAUUGAGUUUCUUGUUGGAACGAAUGGUUGUCGAAAAAGAAUGCGAUGUUUAUUUAGCGGUGCAAUCUAUCAAACGGUCAAAUGAUUUUGUUUCUUCUCUGGAACAUCUGGAAUAUUUAUAUGAUGCUGUGGAGGCUGUGUUUUAGGAGUUUUCCAUAGGCUAUGCGAAUUUUUUGUAAAGCAAAAAUAAUCAAGCUAUAUUCUCGCAUACACAUACAGCAAUGCUUCGACAUAGCAUCAUGCACAAAUCAUGUGAAUAUUCAUAAUGAAAUCUCCGCACUACGAAGAGGGUGAAACAAAGAUUGUCGAAGACUUUCUUCAAUAACUACAAAGAUGUAAUCGUACUACCGCGACAUUGAAGAUCAUAGUGAAGAAUCUUCCUGAGAAAAAAGUCCACCGUAAAAGAAAAUAACAAUGUUUUAGCUAUAUUUGAAUUAUUUUUUAAAGUUUAACAUUCUUUUUUCAUUAUAUAAUCAUAAUCAAUUAUUGAUAUCAUCUAUACUGAUUGUAUAAUUUACUGAAAUUAAGGAAAAGCAAUUACAUUUCUUAAUAUAAUGUUUCACACAAGAAUUGUUUGUGAAAUUCUUAAACUUGGAGCAAAAAUUUAAUAAAUAAUUUAUAGUUUUUACUAAUCUUAAAAAAUAAUUUUAAGUCCAUAAAAAAGUUAUAAACGAACGAGACAAAUAUUGUAUUUCACAAAAGCAUAUAUGUAUAAAGUGUAUGUAAAUUUUA